UCCCCUCCCCCUCUCUCCUCCCUAGGGUUCGGGUCUCUCCUCCCCCGUCGCCAUGAUGCAGCCACCGCCGCCGUCGCAGCCGCAGCCGGGCAUGGGCGCCCCCAUGCCGCCGCAGGGCGCGGGAGGGCAGCCGCCGCACUGGGGCGCGAUCCCGCCGCCGAUGCCCCACUACGCGCAGCCGCCCCCGCAGCAGCAGCCGCCGCCGCAGGCCAUGUGGGGCCAGCCGCCGCCCCAGGCCGCGCCCUACGGCCAGGUGCCCGCCCCGCAGCAGUACUACGCCGCGCCGCAGGCCCCCGCCGCCCCCGCGGCCUCGGACGAGGUCAGGACGCUCUGGAUCGGGGACCUCCAGUACUGGAUGGACGAGAACUACAUCUACAGCUGCUUCGCCAACACCGGGGAGUUCCAAUCUGUGAAGCUUAUCCGUGACAAGCAAACUGGACAGCUUCAGGGCUAUGGCUUUGUCGAGUUUGCAAGCCAUGCAGGCGCUGAGCGAGUUCUUCAGACAUUCAAUGGUCAAAUGAUGCCAAAUGUUGAGUUGGCAUACAGACUGAACUGGGCCAGUGCUGGUGAAAAGCGUGAUGAUACCCCGGACUAUACAAUCUUUGUUGGGGAUUUGGCAGCUGAUGUUACAGACUACAUGUUACAGGAGACAUUCAGGGUCCAUUACCCUUCAGUGAAGGGCGCAAAGGUUGUAACUGACAAGAUGACAAUGCGUUCAAAAGGUUAUGGGUUUGUGAAGUUUGGUGACCCUACAGAGCAAGCUCGUGCCAUGACUGAAAUGAAUGGAAUGCCCUGUUCUUCCAGACCUAUGCGCAUUGGUCCAGCAGCAAAUAGAAAGACAACUGGGGUUCAGGAGAGAGUACCAAUUCCAAAUACAAAUACUCAAGGAGCUCAGUCUGACAAUGAUCCUAACAAUACCACCAUAUUUGUUGGUGGCCUUGACCCCAAUGUCACUGAAGAUGCCUUGAAACAAGUGUUUGCUCCAUAUGGGGAAGUUGUCCAUGUCAAGAUCCCUGUUGGGAAGAGAUGUGGCUUUGUUCAGUAUGCUAACAGGCCUUCUGCUGAGCAAGCUCUGCAAUUGCUGCAAGGGACCUUGGUUGGUGGUCAGAAUGUGAGGCUUUCAUGGGGACGAAGCCCUUCAAACAAACAAACUCAGCCUCAGGAAGCCAGCCAGUGGGGUGCAGGUGCUGCUGCUGGUGCUGCUGGUGGUUACUAUGCUGGAUAUGGACAAGGCUACGAGGCUUAUGGACAAGGGUAUGCACAGCCUCAAGACCCUAACAUGUAUGGUUAUGGAGCCUAUGCUGGUUAUCCCAACUACCAACAACCAGCAGCGGCACCGCAGCCACCGCCACCGCAACAGUGAGCCCUCCUCGUGGGUCGUCCAGACAGAUGAGAACCCCUGUUUGAAGGCACUGUCAAGGCUAAUGUUGUAGCACCUGUCGAUAGAGAGAGACGGUUCCUGGACUCCGGAUUUUGAUUGCCCCAUGGCAAGGUCUAUUGUUAUGUUAUUAUGCACUAUAUUAUGAUCAGCUGUUGUCCGUCCCGCUGUGGUGAUCCUUUGGAUAUGUACUUGGAAACUUAGCUUUGUUUCGCCGCAUGCCCUUGUCUACUGUUAUUUACCGUUGCUAUCUUCUGCUGUUAAAUUAUAUACUAUUUGUACCGUUUGCUUCC